AUGUCUGCCAAGAAGAAGAAAUUUCGUCCGCCGUUCGCCGUUUCAUCCAAAGUCUCUAGAUUCGUCGAGCCAUCAAGUUACUCGACCUUAGCCAAAAGAAAGAAAAGUAAAUCUUUUUCAGCUUCUGUUGGAGCUGCUUCUGAUGGUGUAGCUUCUGGAUCUGUAGCUUCUGGAUCUGUAGGUCCGGUGGGUUGUUUAAGUGUUCCUUCCAGUUCACCAAUCGCAUCGUUUGCGUCGAUUAAGCCUGUAAUCUCUCUCACUGGUCCUGCUAGUGUUGUUUCAGAUACCAUUGCCUCCGGAUCUGUUUCCCCAAAGGCCAUCAUAGAUUCGCCCCCGCUUGUAAAUGCUUCGCCAGCAUAUACUGCUCAUGUAUCUUCUCCAGGUGCCCCUGCUGCAGGUGUUACUCCAACCAGAAAUUAUGCUUCAUUAUUCAAGUCUUCAAGGGAGCUUAAGGAGAUGGGAAGUCCGACUGAGCAUACCUCUGGUGCGCCGUUCGUCCUCAUCCCUGAUGAGAACAUUCAGGCAGCUAAAGAAGAGUUCAAGGAUUUCAUUUAUGCAAAGUUUCACAACGAUGUUCCUCCAAUGGGCAGGAUCAUUGGAAUUCUUAAUGCGAUUUGGACUAAAUCGGGUCCUCGUAUUUUUGUGCAUAACCUUGGCCAAGGAUCUUUCCUGCUAAAGGUUAUCAAUGUGAGAACUCGUGAAGCUUUGCUAGCUCGCUCCUGUUGGAAUAUAGCGGGUGUUCCUAUGUUUGUCUCUCCAUGGUCCCCUGACUUUACGCCCGAAGAAGCUCCUCUUUCUACUGUUGUGGUUCAAGUUGAGAUGCGAAAUGUUCCUUAUCUUCUCUUUAAUGAUGAGAGUUUGAACAGGUUAGCUAUUGCUGUAGGGAAACCGGUUGCUUUGGCACCAGAAACACAGCGAAAGCAAAACUUUCAGGUGGCGAAGGUCUUUGUGAAAGUGGAUCUUACCAAAAGGUUGCCAGAUACUAUUGUCUCUGGUUUUGUAAAUGGACGGGAGGUUCUUAUAGAUGUAUCCUACCCUUGGCUUCCAAUUAAGUGUAUGAUUUGUGGGAAGUAUGGUCACAAUAAGGAUGAUUGUCGUGUGGGUGUGGCUACGGGCUCACCAAAGUCUUCUUCUGGCCGGAAAACUGAUGCUGAAUCAUCCCGUAAGCGAUCAAAUUCAAGACAUGACCUUCCAAGCUCUGAAAUACCUCUGAAUGAUGAUCAACCGGCUGACCUCACUGCAAAAUUUGUGCUUACGCUGGAUUCUGAUUCAUCUCCAGAUGGUAUUUUGUCUGCAGGUAUUGCGCUUGUUGUCGAUAUUCCACCUAGUCAAAGUCCACAAGCGAAUGAUGAUUUAGAACCAGGUGAGAUUGUAGAAGAACCUUCUUCCAAUACGGAGGAAGCCAAUAAUGUGAAGAAGGUCCAGUUAGUAGAUUUGAAGGGUUCGACUGUUAUGGCCUCAUCCUCGGAGAGGUCUGUUUCUGUGGCCAGUGAUGUGCUUAUUGCUUCUGUUCGUUCUAUUGGUCUACAGGAUUUUCUUGGGUCUGAUGGUAUUGUUCUUUCUGAGGUGGCCCAUGGUCCCGAGGAGGAGCUUCGUAACGCUGUUUCAGGAGUAAGUUUGGUUGGUGAUCUUGUCGUUGGCGCUCUAGGUUCAGAGAUUGUUCCUGCUGAUGUUCACAGUCCUAAAGCCCAAGAUCCUAGUGUUGCUUCGGAUUUGGAUUCGGAUUCAGACACUAACCGACCUCUUAAUCCUGACUUUGAUGAGGCAGAGCAGAUUGAAAAACCUUUCACCCUAGUUCGUGGUAGGAGGAUUGGCCGCAAGGCUUCAGCUCAAUCAGUUACUUGUGGUAUUCAUGUUCCAGCAGAAAAUCUGAAUAUUACUGUAUCUUUUGUCUACGGUUUUAAUUUACUGGAGGAUCGGGUUUCUCUUUGGACGGAGUUAGUCGAUUUGCACACGACAACGCCGGUUUCUCGUUGUCCUUGGGCAGUGCUCGGGGACUUCAAUCAGAUCCUGAGAUCAGAGCAUCAUUCCAACCAUCUCUCGGCUAGAGUGGAUAUUUCGGGUAUUGAGGAUACAAAUCUAUCUCUUAAGGAGGCAGAAUUGUUUGAGGCACAAGCCAAGGGUCUCCCUUUCACAUGGCGAAACAAUCAGGACGUUAACCCCAUAUCUACUAAGAUUGAUCAUGCUUUUAUUAACCACCAGUGGGCUUCUUCUUUUCCAGAUUCUUACGCUGAUUUCUUGGAUCCAGAUCAAUCUGAUCACGCCCCUUGUUUAUUUCGGCUCCCGACUCAUACUCGUCGAGUGUGUAAACCGUUUAAAUUUUUCCACCAUGUCACUGACCAUCCUGAGUACUCGGAGUUGGUUAAUGAAGGUUGGCAGUUUGAUCACAUUGUGGGGACUAAUCAGUUCAAGCUGGUCCGUUCUUUAAAAUUGCUUAAGGGGGUCUUGCGAUGUUUAAAUAAGCGUCAUUAUAGUGGUAUUUCUCGUCGGGUGAAGGAGCAGUCUGCAGUGGUAGACAAUCUCCAACGUUCUCUCCUCACUGCUUCAGAUCAGGAAACUGCAAGGGAGGAGCAUGUUCAGCGAGCUCAGCUCAAUAUCCUUCUUAAUGCGGAACAUAAGUUUUAUAGACAACGAUCGAGAGUGAGAUGGGCGGACGUUCGUGACCGUAAUACAACAUUUUACCAUCAUACCGUUUCUCAGCAUGCCACUAGGAAUCAUAUUCAUUUCUUGAGGGAUCAGGACGACAGGUUUAUUGCGACUACGGAAGGUCUAAAGGAGCAUUCAGCUGCUUACUUUCAGAAUAUAUUAGGAACCACUGAUAUGCCAGAGUCUUUGGCCUCUCUCUCGGAUAUUCAGGAUCUUCUUCCCUUCCGGUGUUCUGAUUUGGAAAAAGCUUAUCUCUGCAGAAAUGUUCUCGAGUGCGAAAUCAAGGGAACCAUUUUCUCUAUGCCGCUAAACAAAAGCCCAGGACCUGAUGGUUAUUCUGUGGAGUUCAUUAGAGCGUCUUGGGACACUGUGGGGAGUGAUGUAGUUGCUGCAGUGGGUGAAUUCUUCAGGAAUGGGAAAUUGCUCAAAGACUUGAACACAACAUCCAUCGCUUUGAUUCCUAAAAACCAGAAGCAUGCUCCCUUGGUUAUCUCUAAGAUAAUUGCUAAUAGGCUGAAACCGAUCCUUAAGAAAUGUGUUAGCCCAAACCAAGUAGCUUUCUUGAAGGGUUGGAGCUUAGGUGAAAACGUUCUGCUAGCCUUGGAAUUGAUCAGAGACUAUAACAAAAAUGCUUGUUUAAAGAGUGGCAUGCUGAAAGUGGAUAUUCGAAAGGCUUUUGAUACCGUUUGUUGGGACUUCAUCAUUAAGCUUGUCCAAGCUCAAGGUUUUCCGCAGAUGUUUACUACUUGGGUUAGAGAAUGUAUCUCCUCCCCGAGGUUUUCAGUCGCUAUAAAUGGAGAGCUGGCUGGGUUUUUCCAAGGAAAGAAAGGGUUAAGGCAAGUUAUGGCUACCUUCAAAUCUUGGUCUGGUUUGUAUAUGAAUAAUGCUAAGUCUAAGAUCUUUUUUGGAGGAUAUCCUGAUAUUCAAGCAUCGGUCAUGGCUGAUUUAUCGGGUUUUCGGAGAGAGACCUUUCCAACGAGGUAUUUGGGGCUUCCGUUAGACCCAAAAAAGAUUAACAUGGCUACUCUCCAACCUUUUCUAGAGAGAAUCACUUCUAAGCUUCAUUCAUGGACUGUUAAAUGUUUCUCCUUUGCGGGGAAAGUGAAGCUCAUAUACUCUGUCAUCUAUGGUAUGGUGAACUUUUGGAGUUCGGUAUUCGUCCUUCCUAAGCGGUUCUACGCAAAGGCCGAAAACGGAGGGUGGUCUUGGCCUCAGGCGGCUUGA